AUGUGGUCCCGCGUGGUGUUCACGGACACGCCUGAAAUCGUCAGGAAAGGCGGAGGAGAGGGGGGCCGCUCUUGGGACGCCUUGGCUGAAGCGAUGGGUGAAGACCAGGUGGCACCGGAGGAGAAGCUCUUUGGACGAGUCUAUCAACCUGGACGUCCGAGCCUCGAGAACCCCAAGGCCACCGCCCACUUCCGCCAGAAGGUUUGCAAUCGUGCCCGUGCCGAUGCGCAGGGCGUGCAGAUUGGAUGUAGCAUGGAGAUGGGUAUCCCGAUUCUGAAACUGGGGGGCACGGCGCUGUACUUGGCCGCCGAGAUGGGCGAUGAGUUCAUGUGCCAGCUCUUAGUGAGUUUUCGAGCCGACCCGUUCCAACGUCUAAAGCCGCCAGAGAACGGGGGACUCAUCACCUUUGGGGAGGUGCAGAAGGGCGGCAGAAUGGCGGAGGUGUGUGCGGACUCUGCAGUUUUGACCCUUCCACGGGAAAACACCGAAGUGCUGGCGCUGUCCGCGCUGUCCAAACUGCAGGCGCAGGACCAACUUCCGAUCAUGCACUUCUUUGAGAUGUACCGGGCGAUUCCACGGCCCCUGGACCGUGGGAACGCUCUGCCGGUGAGGCGCCAGCGCGGUGAACGUUAG